CUUUCAACUUACAUUUAAUGUACUCAUCGAGGCAAAUAUGAAUGUGUACAACCAAGAGAGCCCAGGAAACUUUACUGUACACUGUGUACCCUGCACAAGUUGAUGAACCUUGUAAUAUAGUAACGGAAAUAAAAAUUUAUAUGUCAAUCAGCACCUGAACUGGAUCCGAUGAAAGCGGAGGGAUGACGUCAUAGGCCAUGACUUCGGCAGUUGAUACACCGAUUGCAUGAACUGAUCGACUUGCGUUCUCGACAUGGUGAUUCUCCUCUUUUAAAGUCUGGGGAAGUGGCAACCCUCUUCCUCUUAUCUUUCUUGUUGUCUCUCCUGCAUACGACCAGAUACGUCUUUCCCGUGGUAACCAACGAUGGAGAAGAUCAACACCCUGAAUGUAGUUCAUCGCUACGAGAAGCGGAGUUUGCUCAUUGCGAUCAACUGCAUCGCUGGGCUCUCCAUCCUCUUCUUUGGUUACGAUCAGGGUAUGAUGGGCGGUGUCAACACAGCAUAUGACUACUACACCCGUAUGGGUUUCGGUCACAAAGGAUCUGAUGGCGGUGUUGUAGUGACCAACACUUUGCUCCAAGGAGGAAUUGUCUCUGUUUACUAUCUCGGAACACUGGUCGGCUGCCUGAUUGGCGGUUCAAUUGGAGACCGCUACGGACGCAUCAAGACAGUCUUUGUUGGAGCGGCAGUAGGAGUUGUCGGUGCGACGCUGCAGUGCUCGGCUAUGAACGCGGAAUGGAUGAUCUGCGCGCGUCUCAUCAACGGCUGGGGAACCGGAAUCCUGAACUCUAUCAUCCCUGUUUGGGCUACCGAGACGGCAGAGCACAAGUCGCGUGGCCAGUUCAUUGCUAUUGAAUUCACGCUCAACAUCUUCGGCGUUGUGAUUGCCUACUGGCUCGAGUAUGCAUGCUCGUUCUACGGCGAUGGCACCUCGGCAUUUAUCUGGCGCUUCCCCGUCGCGUUCCAGAUCCCCAUGCUACUCGGUCUCAUGGCCAGUGUCCUAUUCUUUCCGGAAUCGCCCCGUUGGCUCGUGAAGAUGGGUCGAGAAGACGAGGCCCGUUACAUCUUGGGGCGCCUCCGUGGUGAUACGGGCGCAGAAAAGGAGCUUGCAGAGAUCGAGUUUCAGGAGAUUGUGGCCUCGUGCGAACUUGAGCGUACGAACUUCCGCAAGCAAAGCUAUAUUCACAUGCUCUUCGGCCUGGGUUCGGGAAAGAUGCAUACCGGUAGACGUGUCCAGCUCGUCAUCUGGCUUCAGAUUAUGCAGGAGUGGGUCGGUAUUGCUGGAGUCACUAUCUACGCUCCCACUAUCUUCGGCAUUGCGGGAAUGAGUCCUGCAAAGCGUCAGUGGAUCGCAGGUCUCAACAACAUCUUCUACAUGUUUUCCACCCUGAUUUGCGUGUUUACGCUGGAUAAAAUUGGCCGUCGCUGGACUUGCUACUGGGGUUCUGUCGGGCAAGGCAUUGCCAUGGCACUUGCAGGUGGGUUUUCGUAUCUCGGUCAGCAGGCUACUCAAGAAGGUCAUGCCAGCAAGGCUACAAGUUACGGAAACGCAGCGGUCUCUAUGGUAUUUCUCUUCACUUUUGUAUUCGGAGCGACGUGGUUGACCGUGCCAUGGUUGUAUCCAGCUGAAAUCUUUCCCCUGGAGGUCAGAGCCAAAGGCAACGCGUGGGGUGUAGUGGGCUGGUCCAUCGGCAAUGGCUGGCUCACUCUUCUCUGUCCGAUCAUGUUCGAGAAGAUCGGUGGAAACACUCUCUACAUCUUUGCUGCCUGCAACGCGCUCACUAUCCCUAUGGUCUGGGCACUAUACCCCGAGACCAACCAGCGCACGCUGGAGGAGAUCGAUCUACUCUUUGCCUCAGACAGCAUCUGGAAUUGGGAAGCGGAGAAAAACUUUGCCAGACUGCGAGAGCAGGGUGUUGAAUGGGGAAGUACAUCCGAAUCCAAAGCAGAUGUUGAGAAGGGUGCGAGUCGUAAGAAGAGUCUAGUCGGUGGCGCGGGUCGUCGUGUUGAGGCGGUAGAGCAUAGUUAA